AUGAGAUUCGGCAUACUCCAACUGGUGUUCCUCGUGGUGCUUGCCGCGUUCACGUUCGCCCUCCCCGUGCAAACGGUGGAAGAGGACACUCAGCUCACGUUCCUCAACGACUUAUUCGCCCGGGAUAUCGGCAUGGAGAUCCCUCGUGAUGUCGAAGAGAACUGGGCCCUCGUCCAACGGGGGAUCGAAGAAGGCUACUACGACGUCGAUGUGCUUGCCAAGAGAGAAGUCAAGGUCUUGACCGAUCUUUUCCUCUCGAUGAACAAGACCGGUGCCGGUGUCCAAUUAAUCAAGGGCUUCGCCACUAACCCUGUCACUCAGCUGACCACCAUCCAGGCGGUGGUGUCGUUUAUCAAGACCCAAGACUUGGGCAAGUUGCUUAAGGCCGCUGCCGACUCCGGCUUGGCUACCGACAUUGUGUUGAUGCUCUUUACCCACAUGGAAGCCUUCAAGGGGCUUGUCAAAGUGGGUAAGGCUUUGUUCACUCAAGGGAUCAUCAAGUUCAAGCGUGACGCCUUCAUGAAGCGCGACGGGUUCGCCAAGCGUGACAUCUUCGGCUCCAUCUGGAACGGGAUCCAAAACAUCUUCGGCUGGGGCUCGUCGGGCUCGUCGGGGUCGACUCAGCAGCAGUCUACUCCCACCACCAAGGCCACCGCCACCGCCACCGCCCAACAACAACAGCAACAGACUCAACAGACUCAGCAAGGUGCCACUCCUCCCCCUACCCCUGCUCCUCCCAGAUCGAGUCAAACCGGUACCGUCCCCGCCAUUGUUCUCUCGGGCUCGGCCGUCACCAACUUGGGUGAACUGAAGAUCACCGCCUCGGCUGUCCCCGCCCAAGGGUCGGUGUCGCUGGGUAUCUCGGUGGCUCCCCCCAACUCGGCCUCGGUGGCUCAACAAGCCGGUGAAUUGGCCACCGCUGCCGGUGUCAACACCAACGCUCCCUUGCCCACUUUCGACGCCAACGCCAUCCCCACCGGGGAACUGGCUGCCGCUGACGCCAUCAAGAUGUUCAACCAAUUGCAAGGCAACAACCCUGCCCCCGUCACCGUUUCCAACACCGCCGGCCAAGUCGUCACCGUGGCACCCGCCGGUAUCUUCGGUAACAUCAUCGGUGGCAUCAUCUCGGGUGUUGGUGGUGUGGUUGACGGUGUUGGCCAAGUGGUUGGCGGUAUCGUUUCCGGUGUCGGUGGUGUGGUGUCCGGUAUCUUCGACGGUGUUGGCCAAGUCGUCACUGGUGUCACCAAGACGUUGAUGGGGAUCUUGGACAACGCUCAAAAGACGUUGUUCACCGGGCUCCUUAACGCCAUCAACUUGGCGGGUUCGUUCGAUGACAUCUGUGUGUCGUUGCAAAAGUCGGGCUUCGGGGUGCUGGUUGCCUACUCGUUGUUCGCCGACAGCGAGAUGCACGACUUUGACCUCAAGACGGUGAAGGCCGCCAUUGACCAGGACGCUCUUUCUUUGCUGAGAAUCCUCUCGGCGGCGUCGUCGCUGGGCAUCGUCACCAGGGUCAUCACCGACCUCUUCUCGAGCUCCAAGAACUCGUCGAUCACCUUCUCGUUCUUCGUCCAGGUGUUGUUCAACUUCAAGUCGAUUUUCUUCUCUUAG